CCACGUUGGGCAACCGGACAUCGAGAUCAUCGUGUCUCAUCACACCCAACGUCGCGAUGGCGGAUGAGGACGGCCAAGGUGAGCAGCACGUGCCUGCUGCAGACGCAGUGGUACGCCGACGCCCGCAGCUGCCGCCGUUUGAGUGGGGCAGUAACCCUGCACAAGAACAAGUGAACCAACUCAAUGCAGCCGUUAGGCAGAAGAUUGGUCGUGGCCUCACCCUGGGGCAUUUCCACCCUCGAUUCACAAAGACACCUCGACACCCUGUGAUUCUGCGAGCAGCAGAACAGUUGGGAAUGCGAGUGGCAUGCAGGCGCAUGGACACCUUUGACAUUGCCUGGUUCGCCGGGGUGAAAGAUGUGCGCGACAAGUUCUACACCGCAUGCCUCCUGCCAGUGCCCGGGCGCAUUGCCAACCGCAUCCCACGCUGUCGCGAAGCCCUCAUCAAAUCCAACUUUGCACAGCUGCUCAACCUCUACACUGAACUGAAUCCGGAUGCGCCGCGGGUGCUGCCGAGGACGUGGGUGGAGGAGCUGCCGCCCCACCGCGAUCCGCGCGCGUACUACAUCACGAAACCCUACGCAGCACGUGGUGGGACCGGCAUCCAGCUGUGGACCGGUGAAGACCUGUGCGACGCGGCGUUUGUGUUCCGCCAGGUGGUGCAGGAGUACAUUGCCCGGCCCAUGCUGCUGCGGGGGCUCAAGUUUGACUUUCGCCUGUAUGUGGUGGUGACGAGCGUGCAGCCGCUGCGGGCGUAUCUGUACCGUGACGGGCUGGUUCGCUUCUGCACCGCCCCGUACGCGCGCCCCUCCCAGGACAACGACGCAAACGUGUUCAUGCACCUCACAAACUACCACCUCAACAAGGACAGCCGCGCAUUCGUUGCGGAGGCGUCGACCGGCUACGCACCAGGCGAUGCCCUCGCAGCAGAGCGCGAGCACACUGCUGGCAGCGACACGCACGGUGAUGGUGAUGGUGGUGAUGGUGGUGAUGGUAGUGUUGGGGUGAAGGCGAAGGUCAAGGUAAGGGGGUCUGGAAGGAAAGGCAAGCGAGGCAAGAAGUUUCAGCAGCCGUCACAGCGACAACGACGCCAAACAAAGCCACAACAACAACAACAACAACAACAACAACAACAACAACAACAACAACAACAACAACAACAACAACAACAACAGCAACAACAACAGCAACAACAACAACAACAACAACAACAACAACAACAACAACAACAACAACAACAACAACAACAACAACAACAAGUUAAACAACAACGACAAGACUCCAAGCAUGUGGCUGCCGAGGACUUGGAGACACACACGAAACAAAACCUGCUGCUGGUGUGGGCGCGUUUAGAACGCGAAGGACACGACAUCCGUCUCUUGCAAGAGCGCUUGCACGCAUGCGUUUCGCACACACUGGCGGGCCUGGCGGGGAUGGUGGCAACAGGCGCCGACGCGAUCCUGGGGCCAGGCGGGAGCACACAUGGCGAUGGAGGAAGCACCGUGAUGCACAUGCUUGGACUUGACGUGAUGUUUGACGAGGAAGGACACCCGUGGGUGCUGGAGAUCAACAACAACCCGUCGCUGCUGUGCGACACCAAAACCGACUGGGUGAUCAAGGCGCCCCUCGUCCAGCAGAUGAUGGCCCACAUGCACACACGCGUUGCAACCUGGACACUGAACAACAACAGCACCACCACCACCACCACCACCGCAGCAUCACUGCUGUCGCAAUCAACGCCAGCACUCCCCGUGGCGCCACCAGCGCUGCCACAGCACCAGCUGCCACCGUCGCCCCUCUCAACAUCAACACCAUCCUCGCCAACACGACGGCAGCCCGUGUUUCGCUGGCGCCCAAAGACAACAGCGACCACCAAUGGUAGUAGCAGUGGUGCUAGUAGUGGUGGUGGGCAGCGAGAGGCCAGUGCUCAACAACACACACGCGCGCGCGCAUCAAGCGGCACAGCAACGAAAUUGAGCGUGAUGAAGUGGCCGACACCCGUGACAGCGCCACCUCAACCGCCACCACAUGCGCCCGCAGCACAAACCACUGCAGCAGUAGCAGCGCCAACAGCAGCAGCAGCAACAACAACAACAACGACGGCGGCGGCGAUGACGGCGAGCGUGGUAGUGCCGACGAUUGAGAUGAUGGCGGCUGAUGGCGGGGAGGACGUGAACCCGUCAGACGUGCACAUCUCCCGCUCCCUCUGCCAAUGCCCAACACCAACGGCACACGCGCAGACACACGUACAGGCACAGGAACAUGUGCCAUCGCAGCCAGGAGAGCGGGAUGGGAGAGGUGUGGGAGACAAGGAAGUGCGUGCGCAAAACGAGCACGCGGUGGCUGUGCAGCUUGAGCAGCAGUCGCUGGCUGGAGCUGAAGAGCAGCUGUGCCACGACAUACGUACAACCACCCUCUCCCAACCUUCAGCAACGACGUCACAACGUCAAACAACAGCAAUGCGCACAAGCACAGCUGCAACCGCAACUGCAUCCACAACAGAGACUGCAGCAGCGCCGGAGUUGAGUGCUGAGUACUUUGAACCGCUGACAUCGCUGACGACAAUGGCUGUUGAGCGCAACCCUUUCUUUUCUGCAGAGGCGUCACACUUGUUUCGCUUGCUCGCCGUCAGAGCAUCGCCCGCUGUUGCGCGGCGCCUGCUCGUGUUUCUCGUCGUCCCAGCAACAGCCCUCGCCUCACUCGCCACUGCAUGCGCCCCCACGCUCACUGCGCUCCCCAGGGAUGGUGGUAGUGAGCCUGCGUCCCAUUCAUCUCGUGUGGUGCUGCGAGAGGGUGAUGAUGUCGCCUCUGUAUUUGCAUCCGCCCCACCCCUCCUCUCGUUUCCGCUGUUCUGCCAGCAGCUGUCCCGUCUCGCGCGUGCCCUCUCCUCCGGUGUACACCGCGAUUGCGACGGCGUGGAUGCAAGCAGCCAAGUGGCAGCAGCGGGCCGCCACCGCCACCUGCUCACCGCUGUCAUCAAUGCACUGCACGCACACGCGCAGCGCCGCGACGCGAGUGAUGCGAUGUGA